AUGGACCAGUCCCCAGUAGAGCCGUCCCCCAAACGACGGCGAGCAAGCAGAGCCGGGCAGGUCAAACGUUUCGAAUGCCAGCACACAGGAUGCGGCAAACGCUACUCACGUGCGGAACACCUGCACCGCCACGAGCUCAACCAUAGGCCAAAAGAAAUUUACGCCUGCGAGCUUCCCGAUUGUGGCCAAACUUUUGUCAGAUAUGAUCUCUUCGCGAGACACAAGGCUCGACAUGGUUCCACGACAGAUCAGCCACCCCGUACCCAACAGGUGGCCCAGCAGGAGCCGCCAAGUACCGCUGACAGUCCCUCUGAAGAUAUCAGUGCGCCCGAACUGCAAUUGACACAGCAAGACAAUGUAAGUGUAGGCGCGGGACGGGUAGUCGGCCAUGUUCCCGCCCAGGAAAAUAUAUCUCAGGUACCCAGUACCUGGAUGCAGCCUAUCCACACUCUUAGCUCAACAGCCAUCCCACCGAGUCCUGCUAGACCUGCGGGGCGCACAACUCCACUCCCUCUUACGAGGAACUGGACAACGGACGAUGCGCACGCACAAGCGAAUGACAGCUUCGCUGCGUGGCUAUUCGCGAGCCCAGGUAGUCAAAACACCGAGUUUGAUCUCACGAAUCUACCAUUCGUUGAUUUCGGCUUGGAGUAUUCUCCCCAAGACAUCUGGCAAUUCCACCAGCAGUCCGAUCCUGGGCAGCACCUUGGGGUGGAAGGCCUUCAAAACCAAGCGCCAGAGGAUGUGGCUGUAUCUGAAGCCUCGCACAGAUUUGGUGCGAGCAUCACGGAAGAUCGCAGGAAUGAGGUGAUCGAGCUUAUUGCCGCUUACCAGAGGAGGCUGCAGGUCACAAAGCUGCAGGACCGCGAUCAUCUGCUCUAUAUGGAUGCUUCAUCCCAGCUGUCGAAUAUGUCUUCGGCGGUCCUCGACAAGUUGGUCGCUGCUUACUGGCUUGCUAGCAGGCAAAUACCUGUCUUACACCAGCCUACAUUCUGCAGCAACACGUGCCACAUCAUGCUUCUCCUGGCCGUCAUAGCCUUUGCUGCUACUGACAUGGCAAAGUCCCAGCCAAAGAGCGCUCUGGCAGACCACCGAGAGCUUGGUGACUUGGUCAUCAACAAUUUGCGAUGGGAAGUGUUCACUCACGAUGAUGCUCAUCCCCCAAUUCAGCUAUGGGUCGCACAGACUCUGGUGAUUAUCGAAUACUACGAGAAGCAUUGCUCCAGUCGUAAGCUGCAUGAGCGAGGGCACAUCCAUCAUUCCUCUACACUUACAUUGUUGCGCAGGGGAAGCCCACUCGUAGGUACUUCGGAAACUGACGGUCCUAGCGAAGUGCCGACACGACAGGUAAGCCCUGCGCUGGACGGUGAUAAGACAUUCGGCGUCCAACAUCGGUCUGGCAUCGAUGCGUGGUGGCUACAGUGGGUGCGAAAUGAGUCUUUUAAGAGAGUCGUCUUUGCAGCCUUCCAGAUGGAUACCCUCCAUGCUGUAAUGUUCGGGCACGCAGCCGACAUGGCGCCUUACGAAAUCAGGCUUGCCUUGCCGUGCGACGAGUCAUUAUGGGCUGCAACAAGCGCGGAAGAGAUUCACCGUCUGGAUGCAAACCUCAAGAUGUACGGCAUUCGCCCCAUCAAUUUUCUAGAUGCACUGAAGAAAUGUCUCCAUGCGCACGACGUGCAGACCCACGCACCUGCAAGAGUGCUCUUGAUGGCCGGGCUACUCAAUGUCGGGUGGCAUAUCUCUCGCAGGGAGAAACAUCUGCAGUUCCUUGAGACGGUGCCAUCUGUCCGAGAACAGGGCCGAUGGAGAGCUCUUCUGCUUCAUGCUUUCGGUCAGUGGCGGAGCUGCUUCGUCGAGGCAGUCGGUGGUCGAAACAACAGCAUAAACCAGCUCGAUAUGCAUGGCUCAAGCCCUGGUGUGCUUUACUACCUAGCUCACAUGACUAUGCAUGCGGAUAUCAUCGACUGUCAGAUAUUCUCAGGUUCCAAACGAUUGCUGGGUCGCAAGGUGUCGGAGAAGGACUAUCUCAACGUCGUGCAACGCAUGCAAUCAUGGGUGUGCACCCCUUUGGCUCAACAUGCUACGCUGCAUGCUUUUAAGCUGUUGCACGAGACACUUCUCCAAUCGAACAUCCUCCACUCAUCUCAGACAUCACGCCUUGGCUCGACAUCAGUCAAGUACAACUGCAGAACGGAUCCGCUGUUCUAUCGACCUUGGGCACUCUUCUUAGCCGGACUCAUCAUGUGGGCCUACCAGCACGCCUCCAGUACAUAUCCUGUUAUCGCCGCCAGAGAACAACGACAAGUAGCUGGCAUCGAUGACGACGCAAUCUGCUGCCGUUACCUGUCGAUUUGUGCUACCAUCGAGGAUCCUGCUCACAUCAUACCUUCGUUAUCGUCACAUGGCUGCGCAGCUGUACUCGCAGUUCUGUCUCGCAUCUUAUCGAACGCCGAACCAGAGAUCCUGGACGAGGCAUCCAAGCGCUUGCAGGAAUGUCGAGAUAUGCUGGUCAGUAACAGCGUAAGCUGGCCAGUGCUUUCCAGGACCUAG